AGGACUUCAGAUGUGACAUGUCUUAUUUUGAAUCACUCCAUUGUCUGUACAUCCCUAUUGGCUCUUAAAAACGGGGGACACAUGGGAGCAAAGCAGCAACGGCCAGAAGUUGUUUGAUGUCAGCAUCCAUGGGUUGCUCCGACCACCCCGCUUCCCCCAUCUUUUAGUGUCUGAAUUAACCGCGUAUUACAAGCUCAUCCUAUUUAUUUGUGGCACGGGGUGUACCUGGGAGGCUGACAUGACUCGGCAAUUCGCCUUGGCAUUGAUCCCGACCGGAACAAAGGGACCACAACCACUUCAACCUCGACAUUGUGAUAAAGGAGCAGUGUAUCAUAGCGCGUCCUCCGUGCUGUCUCGAGCUGUAUCUUCUGCUGGACAACACUUUACUAUCUCUGGAGCGCAGAGUACCAGUAACCAUCAAUAUGGCGUUCAAAUUCCUCAUCCCAUUGUUGGUAGCCUUGAUGUUACUCACCGGCGUCUGUAAUACGCUGCUCACCAAGUACCAGGACAACAUUUGCGUACGAGAUUGCGAUAGCCCUGACCCCAAGAAACGCAAGCACUUCGAACAACCAGUCAUUCAGACUAUGCAAAUGUUCAUUGGCGAGAUGGGCUCGUGGCUCUUCGUCGGUGGAUUCUCCCUCUACCGCCGAUACAUCACGAAGAAUGCAACUGCAGAAGAGAAUGGCUAUGCUCCAGUGAACACGCAUGAUCAUGGAGCCGAUAACGAUGCCUCGAGCGUGCACUCUACUACACCCAUAAACCCCGCAUUGAAGGCGAUGUCGAUAAAGGAAGAUCGACUGCCGUUGAAAGGCUGGAGGGUUAUAUUGCUCAGCUUGCCUGCUAUCUGUGAUAUCUGUGGGACGACUCUUAUGAAUGUCGGACUCCUCUUUGUGGUUCCGUCGAUCUACCAGAUGACGAGAGGAGCAUUGGUGCUCUUCGUAGGGCUAUUUAGUGUUAUCUUCUUGAGGAGAAGACUGCAUCUCUUCCAGUGGUUUGCGCUAUUCACGGUCGUCAUUGGUGUUGCUAUCGUUGGGCUGGCUGGAGCACUGUACAAGGACGACAAAGCCGCCAAGGCUGCUAUAUUGAUGGCUAGGGAGGCAAUAGUUGCUAUUAGCACCACGGCGAGAACACCAGAGGCUCUACAGGCAAUCAUUGGCGUGUUUUUAAUCGCUGGAGCACAAAUUUUUACUGCUUCUCAAUUCGUACUCGAGGAGUACAUUCUGGAGAAGUACGCUCUAGAGCCAUUGAAAGUUGUUGGCUGGGAAGGCCUGUUUGGCUUCUCGGUCACGGUCCUAGGCAUGCUAGUUAUGCAUCUGGCUGUUGGAAGGACAGCAAAGGGAAAGUAUGGAUAUUUUGAUCUUGUUGAGGGUUGGAGACAGGUCUCUCACUAUCCAGAUAUCAGGACAUCAAGUAUCCUGAUUAUGAUCAGCAUCGGUGGCUUUAACUUUUUCGGUCUCUCGGUCACCCGGACUGUAAGCGCCACUGCUCGUUCAACCAUUGAUACCUGCAGAACGCUAUUCAUCUGGAUUGUCUCCCUCUUCUUGGGAUGGGAAUCGUUCAAGUGGCUACAGGUCCUCGGUUUUGCUUUAUUAGUAUACGGAACUUUCCUUUUCAAUGGGCUGGUUCGUCCACCACUUCAGCGGUGUGUGGUCAGAGACUAUGAAGAGCUCUUGCCUGAGGAGCCGAUUGAGCAUCAGUAAUCAUGAGCGACAAUGCGUCUAGAGCAAGUUUUAGGCAUGGGAGUGGACUUUGGAGCAUGGGGUGGCGUUUGUUUACUUAGGCGGCUCGUUCUAAAUUUCCAUGACUUGUCUCUUCAGCCCUCCCCACUUGUCUAUUCCAUUUUUGUUGGUUCAUGUCGGUGAGAAAGUUCAGCUUAGCAUUUGCCCAUUCACAUCCACCCGAGAAUACCAAACUUGUCGCGUGCGUGUGCUUACUGCUUGCAACUUCCUGAAGCGGUACAUCCGCCUAAGCUGCGCGUUCCUGUGACGCAGUUUUGCUUUCACUCCCAACAUUUCUCUCGUGCUAGCUUCUUCUCUGCACCAUCAAUUCAGUCGCAGCACUUCAACAUUUCAAAUCUAGCAUCAGCUUGUCUGAGUUCUCUGUUACCCUGGCCGAUCCAGCCCGUGCAACCACCUACCAUGGGAAACGUUAAGCUCUUGGUGGCCUGCCUCUGCCUUGUCUCUGUGCCCACUUAGUGCCUGAUCUGUGGUCACUCCGGGCAGCCAAAUCACCAGAUAACCUUGAUUCGUGUUGAGAAAUAUGGUUUGCGUCGCUAGUUGACAACAUAAUGUUGCUAUGCUCACCACGAAUGAACGGAGUACAUCUCAUGGGAUUGGGCCGUACCAGGUGAAGACAUGGAGUGAAAGAGCAGGCCUGCUUUGCUCUUCCUUUGAUCGAGAAAGUAAAUGACUUGGAAGUAGAAUGAGAGGUGAACAUGAAUUUACAACAACUUGUCGUGGCCCAGGGGCUGGUCCUCCUGACUUUGUGCAAUUAGUUGCAACAGAACUCGCGACAACAAACAACUCUUUCUGACAGAACCAUUUCAACAGUACCGCCAAAUCUAUCUUCAAUUUGAACCAGCAUCAUUCUCAGUGACACUGUGUUUUCGACAGGCAUGUCCUGUAUUCCAGAGCAUCUAGCUCGUGGGUCUUCAAACUGGAAUCAUGGAUAACCAUUCCACUACCGCGCACAAUCCUCUAUGUGGUCGCAGGCUUCAACUACGGCUUCACCGAUGUUUUGGACCGCCUAGACAUCCCCAAACUGGUAACCAAUAUUUUCAAUCGUUAGUGAGGCUCGGUACAUUUCAGGCCACAUCCAUCAUAUUGGCAACAUAAUGGCGGAGCUCAAGUCCAUCAAUUACCACGACUCUCACCAUCUAUUAAUUACAAGACGGAGCAUGCGGCAAAUCAGCAGGCCCCUGAGUACAUGGUUCAGUAGAGUUAAAAAGUCGUAUUCUCUGCUUGAUCAAAGCUACAUUAGGCUGGCAAGUAAGGUUGUCAACACGUCGAAUUCGCUCAUGGGGAACAAUUGCCUUUUCAAGUGUUAGAUCUGCUUGGAAUGAGUCUCGGUGGUAUUUUAACAAGCCUAAGUGCAGACGUGUCCUAUUGGCAAG